GAGCGAGCGAGCGAGCAAGCCUGAGCGAAAGCGUGCAUGUGUCGGUUCUCGGUCGGUUUAUUUUUUGUUUGUGAGGCAAGCGCACUGCGGAAGUGGUUUUACUCUGCGGGAGAGCUGUCUGACCCACGUGUCUCCGCUGGGGGCGGGCCUUUCUUACACACACGCGAAUACACACACACACGUAAAUAUACAUAUGCAUACACUCCUUUUCCACUUCGUUUAUGUCCCCUUUCCUGCAAAACUAGCACUUUCUGUUAAGAGCAGGCUCCCACUUCUGUGUAACGGCUGGUUUCACAGCGCGCAGAGAAAGGCACCAGCUCAUUGCCAGUUGCAUGCGACCGAAAAGAUGCAUGACAGCAGCUCAGCCGUGUGUCCACAUUGUGGUUUGUUAAAUUAUUUAUGAGUUACUUUAGAACAAUCACCGUGGUGUCAUGUUACGUUUUGCGGUGAUCUGCUUAAAAUUUUUGUUUACUUAAAAAAGUUGUAUGACCAUUCCUCAUCUGACUGCAUAUUCCGGCUGGGCUAUUAGCAGGGGGUCUUGAACCUAUGCCAGGCAGCAGAGGGCACAAUACAGAGAUACACCCCAGAUGGGAUGCCAGUCUAUUGCAUGAUACACACACACACACACCAUACAGGGAAUUCAGAAGUGCCAUUUAACUGCUUAUCUUUGGACUGUGGGAGGAAACCACAUGACCCGGGGAGAACAUGCAAACUCCACACACACACACACACACACGCAGAGCGGACGUGGAAUUCAAACCCCCGACCCCAGAGGUGUGAGUCAACACUGCUACCCACUGAGUUGCCAUGCCACCAAAUAAAUAAAAAAAAAAAAAACUGUUGUGAACCGCAAAACCUGUGAAAAAAUAUGUAUGGGAGAGGCCAGCCCUUGUUUUGAGUUUAAAUUUAAAUUGUGAUCUUUUUGUCUGGUGGUUUUGUUCUUGGAUUCAUUCUUGCCUGUCGACUUAAUAAAACUUGGAGUAACAGACCCCGUCCUUUGUAAUAAAGUUACGCAUGGAGUCCGCCGUCUGUACCAUGGUUGAAGAAUGGAGCUGGCCAACCAUGGUCUUAUCCUCCUGCAGCAGCUCAAUGCUCAGAGGGAGUUCGGUUUCCUGUGCGACUGCACCGUGGCCAUCGGAGAUGUGUUCUUCAAAGCACACAAAGCCGUGCUGGCUGCCUUCUCCAACUACUUCAGGAUGCUCUUCAUCCACCAGGACAGUGACUGUGUGCGGCUGAAGCCGGCAGACAUCCAGCCCGACAUCUUCAGCUACCUCCUCAACCUGAUGUACACCGGCAAGCUGGCCCCGCAGCUCAUCGACCCGGCACGCUUGGAGCAGGGCGUCAAGUUCCUGCACGCCUACCCGCUGCUGCAGGAGCCCAGCCAGGCAUCCUUUGCCCACACCGAGCAUCCGCUGCCACUGGCCGCUUCCCUCUACGGCAUCCAGAUCUCGGAGCAGCAGGCUGGCCGGCUGUCCUCACGGAGCGGGCCGCCCUCACCCUUUGACCCGGAGCUCCUGGCGGACGGGAAGGGCACGGUGGUUCCAGAGGCCGGCAUCAGCGCCUACGGGUCCCCCAGGGACGAUCUUGACCAGGAGAUGCCUGCUGCUGUCACCACGGCGACCGUUCCCACGGUGGCAGCCACCAAUGCCAUCCUGCAUGUGAAGCCCAGCAUCAUGAAGAGGGGCGCCCAUUUCCGCAAGCACUACACGUGCCACCUGUGCGGUUCUCGCUUCACGCAGCGCUGCAGCCUCAGGGAGCACCUGCUGCUGCAUGCCCCGCCCUCGGUACCCACGGCGAUGGCACCUCCGCCAAUCGAGGUGGAGGAUACCGGGCGCGACCCUGCCAGUGACGGCGAGCAGCCGCCCCAGCCCACUCUGGGCUCGCCCCAGCCCCUACUUGAGCUCCCCCAGCCCAUCACCGAGAUGGGCCAGCCCCAGGCUGAGACGCCCCCCCCUUCAGACAUCGCUGACAUCGACAACCUAGAGAGCGGCGGGCUGGACCGCGAGGUGAAGCGGCGUCGCUACGAAUGCAACACAUGCGGCCGCAAGUUCAUCCAGAAGAGCCACUGGAGGGAGCACAUGUAUAUCCACACCGGCAAGCCAUACAAGUGCAGCGCAUGUGGGAAGAGUUUCUGCCGCGCCAACCAGGCCGCGCGCCAUGUCUGCUUCAGCCAGGACCGGCAGGGCGCCGAGCCCUGCGCCGAGGAGAACGGCCAGCCAGAGGCACUCUUCCUGGCCGCCGGCAGGCCGUACAAGUGUAACGUGUGCGAGACUACGUUUUCCAGCCCCAACGAGGUCAUCAAACACCUCUGCUUCUCCCAGAGCACCCAGGGCUUCCCUGUACUGGACAGCCCCGGUGGCAUGCCGGGCGAAGAGCUGCCCAAAGACGAAGGUUCCGACUCUUCUAACACCGCGUCCCUCAUAACUGCCAUCAAAACCGAGGAGAUCUUAGUUGAGUAGAACAAGCCAAACAGAGUAAACCUGUUUUUUGUUGGGUUUUUUUUGAAGCGAAACAUGGUCAGUACUUCCACUAAAAUGUAGAUUAAAUACGACUUUCAGCAAAGGGCCUUUUCAGCUGAAAACAUUUUUCUUGUAGGAAGUUUUUUUUUUUUUUUUUUAUGUGCGCCCCCUAGAGCCAGAAAGAAAAAUUGCAGGCACAUGCUCAAUACCUUAAUUUAUACCGAACGCUUCAUAAACAUUGAUUUGAAUACACAUGGCUGAAGAGCACCUUUUUGGUUAUUGCCUAUGAGCUAUUUACCAACAAAUAUUGCUGCAGAAUAUUACCAAAAAGCACGGUGGAGUUGCCAUUUCAGCUGGUGGUUCAUCUGUAUUUGAACGUAUUAGUCAUCACUACUAAAACUCGAACCCAUUUGCUUGAAACCGAGACCCUACUGUGACAGAACAAAAAUCCAAUCGCCUCCUGUAACGGGUCGUGACACUGACACGAUCAUAUAUUAACGUAUUGCUCUCUGCUGUAUAUUAGGGGGGAACAGGAUAGAGAUGCUGAGUGUAUGUUGUGCCUCGCCCAUCUUGUUGGGUUAUAGGGAUUUUUUUGGGGGAGAGGGUGGGUUAGGACAUUAAUGAUGAUCUGCACUAGAAUAGUAACACUGCAGUGGAAAGACAAUUUAUAAGAGAAAUCGUUUUCUAGGUCAUUGUACCCCUUGUUUAACAGUGUAUUUUCAGAGUAAGAUGACUACUGUUAUGUAUACACUGGUUAAAUACGGUCAUUUUAAACCUGGGUAAUUUUUACAUUGAGUUUGUAGAGUUUUAUCGAGAUGCAUUUUGGAAUAAUCGUUUUCAUUCCUGACAGCAGAGCUUAAAACAAACAAAACAGCCCAUGCCUCUCAAUAGCCGGCAGUCACUGCAAACGCCAUUUGUGGAGGCGAGCAGCCAUGUUGAUGGAGGAAGUCAACCUGAUCACGAGCCCAACUUCCUGUUCCUUCCGCACAGGCCCCCGUGCCAACAAGCAUUCUGAUGACUGCGCCAAUCGCAGGACGUUUGUCUUCGGCCGCUGCCGCGUCCGAUCAGUCUUUCUGGAAGCCCUGUUACAUCGUUUUAUUUAUUAUUAUUUUUUAAAGGAUGAUCUGAAAGCACACAUUUUGUACCAUGAGCUUGUACUGUGUUGUGCUUCUUGCCAACUUACCCUCUGAUCAUAUGCUCCAGUUCCCGAUGCCCAUAUAUUUUUUUGAUAUACCUUCCUAAUUUUAUAUACAGUACUAUAUUUACCAGAUAUAUUUUAUAUUGCUGAAGUUGUAUAUUGCUUUUAUGUAGAAAUAUGGUUGUCUAAUAGAAUAGAUGUUUUGUGUAAUUUUAUUUUUUAAAUUCAACACCCGCGUGUUCAUGACGAACAAAUAUUAGUGCAUCCUUACCGCUGUCAGAUAGCGUUUUAUGUGCCGUAGUGUUCAGUCCCACCGCAUGCAGGUUUCCGCUGGCGAGAGUGACUGUCCCCCAUUUACGCACUAAAACUGUGGCAAACGGAGUCACGCGAGCAGAGCCCUCUUGUUACAAAGGUAGUGGAAUGGAGAAGUGCCCUCAUUGGCCGGGUUUUUGGAAAAACACUGUACUUACCUACUGAUCUGCCCAAUAACCAGCUUUUCACCUAGCAAGUCUGGUCGUAGGCAGUUGUGGGAGCAGGCGAAGGUGGAGGUGGCCGUCUUUGCUAAUCUGCAGUGGGUUUACGUGGCUGGCUGCCUAACCGUGACCCAGUAUGAGCUCCUGACAAUGGAAUCGAUGAGCACUGAGAAAUCAGACAGUUUUUCAUGUCGCCUCGAAGGAACGUAUAUUUAUUUAAUGUAAGAACUCUGUGUGAAGGCAUUGUUUAAUUGAUACUACUGAUUGUUUUUAUUUUAAUAUGCUACCCAGCUUGUGUAACGUUUCUUACCAUAUCUGUUGGUUCAGGGGAGUGAAAAUGAGCCUUAUGUCUGUGUGUGACCAGACAAAUUGUUUUUCAUGGGCAGGAAUUUCGUUUUUUUUUUUUUUUUUUUUUUUCCCUGAACUUAUUUAUGCAACAUUUGUAAUUUUCUUUUCAGAGUCUUUGAUACGCACAGGUCAGGCAGGGCGAGUCACCAGCACUCUGACCCGAAGUCUGAAAGCAGUCAGGACGCCCGCCGCGGUCUGUGAUCUCAGGAAUGUGCGCCGUCUCCUUUGUUUCCAUUGUGAAGAAUGGAAAAGUCAAUAAAUUUUUUAAAAAUGAGAAA